AGUGUUAUUGCGAGUUUCGGCCGUAACACAACUCCCUGGAAGUUUCGUGCUUAACUUGUUCACCUGUUACUAUUCGCGUUUCAAAAAUAAUUAUGUCUAUGAGUAAAAUAUUCUCCUCAGAUUAAUUAUAUGAACACUGUGAAGUUGGCUGAGGUGUUUUUGUGAUGUUUUUAAAUACCAAGGACUAAAAAAAGGAUCAUUUGAAGAAUGCGAAGAUCUUCGAUCCUUCGAACGCAAACCUCAGAGCCCCUGAUCGUCGUAGAAGAUGAUGAAUACGAAGAAGAGAAAAAAGAAGAUUCCAGACAAAAUUCGGAAGACGAAUAUUCUUUAAAUCCUUAUCUUUUAUCGCCGUACGCGAGAGAAAUAAGAAAACAUUCGUUACCAACACCGCAAUGUUCUGGGAUCACAGCCAGUCAAGUACGUAGAUUGUCAGAGAGGGGAGAAACCGUAGGUCCAGGACCAAAUCAAGUGGAAUUUUUAGCUACUUUAUCGACGGCACCACAACCUAGUCCUGGUGGUAGGAGACAUUCGGUUGUUACCAUUUCGAGAGUACCUACUACGUUGUUCGGAAGAAAUAGACGUGAAUCUGUAGCAGCUUUUCCGAGUCAAGCGUUUGCCGGAAGAGUUUUACCGAAUAGAAGAGAAUCUAUAGCAUGUCCGCCUUCAACAGAACCAAGAGGAAGUAUACAUAACCUCCAAUUGGAUAUAAUGGACGAUAUAGUACAAGCUCGUAAAGUAAGAAUGAAGAUGUGGGGUACUAGUAACGAAAAAGUCUGCGAAGUACAACCUCUUGACGAUUCCGGUAACGUUCAACGAUAUACUAAUUCUGGAAGGCGAUUUUCAGAUUUUGUCGGCACUACUCUCACUACUAUACCUAGUUUGAACAAGCGCAGAGCAUCUGAGCUUCCUCCGAGUCCUAUAGCUGAGACCUCUUUCAAACAAAGUAAGAAUACUGGCAUUGUAUGUUCUAAUAAUGAUUUGAUAAAUAUUUUGUCUUCUCUUUCCACUUCUGCCACUGAAAUCAACCAGGAGAAGCCGCCAGAGAGGACGAAUGUUGCUCAACAGAAGAGGAGUCAAUUGAGAUCGUCUAGAUCGAAUAGUUUCGAUAUUUCUAUACUCAACGAUGAUCCAAUAAGCAAAACAGCCCCAUCCAACUGGUUCGUGAAAAGGCACCAGCCUAUUACAAAGACUGAUGAUAAGCCUGCAAGUAUUAAAGAAAAGAAGGAGAAGAAGACUGUUAUCGAAAAAGAGCCAAACAAAUUAAUGUGGGACGAACGUAGUGGAUCUCUUGUUGACCCACAGGCACUCGGUAGCGCUAUUGAGGUAUUUUUACGAAAGGCUUCCCCUUCGGAUCCUCCAGGAACAUCCACUAACAUGUCUCCGACUAAAACUGUCGGGGAAAAAAAUAGCGGGAUGAUGAAGACUGCAAAAAGUUGGUUUAAUAAAGGAGAUGAAGAAUCAUCGUCAACUGAAGCUUGCGAUUCUUCCAUCUGCUCAACCUUAAAAGAUUUGUUUGUUAAAUAAACUCAAAAUAGUAAGUUUUAGACCAUAUAAACAUUAGAUGAGGAAUUAAUGUCUGUCUAACAAAGUUUAAAUUAAUUAGCUACUUUUCAUAUAAAAACAAACUCCGAUUGUGGAACGAUCUGAAUUAUUACAUCGUUCAGUUUGCUUCGAUUUGUAUGUUUCGCGGCCCAAUUUUGAAGUAUUACUCAAAAACAUUAAAUCCUCUUCAAAUUUGAAACACUUGAGAUUAGAUAAUAGAUUGUCGUUUGAGAAAAAAUGUUGUCACGUGACGAUCUUUUCCAACUAUUUCACUUUAUAGUUGAGAAACACACAUAACUUUUUCUACAGUCGCACUUUUAUCAACUAAAACAGUUAUUUCUAUUAAUAUAGGUUCUUACAAAAAGUGAAACCCGUAAAUCUUCACGGGUGAUUUCCAUUUUGGAACACACUUGAUUUAUUUAGACAUUUACUUCACUAUCAACAACUUAUCAAGUAAAUUUCUACAUUGCCACUAGCUUCGGAAUAACAAGCGUCAUAAAUUGAUGUCACAAAUCAUUAACGCCACCUAUUGUUCAAUUGUGCAAACUUGAAAAACAAUCCUCGCAAUUGGAAUAAAUUAUUUCAAUUGAAUUCAUAUACUCUUACAGGUUUAUUAAGAACUUUAGUAUUUAGAUCAGGUAGUUGGCAUUACAGAACCAAAAUGGACGACUUCCGGUGCUACAGGAACGUGUAUAAUGCUGUCAAAAAAAAUUUUUUCUUCGUAAUCGCCGGGUACAUAUAAAACACUUUAUAGAUGGAAUUUAAACAAUGAAACUGGUUCACAAAUGAUUCCAAGAGAUUGAAAAAUAAACGCGAGGUUGGUGGUUAAAUAUAUCGUAAUACGUCGUCGUCGUUAUUAAGUUAAAUGAGCGGGAAACCGUCUUUACAAGCGCGGUUGUUCAUUAUCUUACUUUCCACCGACUGCUCUAGCUGAGCUAUGGCUACUCGAAGAAAACUCGUGACAGUGUCGUGCUUAGUGGCAAGUAGGUUGAAGUAAGCAAUAAUCGUUAUUGGAGAUUAAAUAUUGACUCAAACCUACAUAAAUCAAUUAAACAAAAGGUGGAGGAGGUAUCCCUUCCAACGAUAAAAUGCAACCAUCCAUAAAUGCAAUAACAAUAAAAACACAAACUAAACAUGACAGACAUGUAACCACUUGUACUCGGAGUCACGUGCCACCUACCCCUACUUUCUCCGCUACCCUUGUUUAGCGGCGUUCUCCCCUUUCCUUCCACUACAUGAUGAGAUGGUGCGCUGACCUCGAUGCAGAGUAAGCGACAUACGUUGAUCAUUCAGCACGAAGGAUAACAAGUGACAUACACGUCGUAACAAGUGACUGACGUGACAUAUAUGUCAACUGUGACAUGCUAUCUAGGUCUCUCUCUUCACCCUGUCAACAUAGAUCAAAGGCAUUGAACAAUAUUGACAGCACUAGUCAUAAAUACCCAUGCGAUGUACUCUCAUGAUGUUAGAAGUUGUAUACGACUCACUCAAUGCAGUAAUAUGUUGUCUUUUGGCCAGUAAACUCAAAAAAGCACAAUUUUUAAAAAUGUUGACAGUAACUGUCAUUUCUCGGAUUGGGAACGCCCCCGAAGUCGUCCAUCUUGGUUCUGUAAUGCCAAUUACCUAAUCUUAAAGUACCCACUGAUGAUAACCGUGAUUGUCGAAGGAAAUUGCCUGAAAAUCAAGUUGACAGCUCUAGAAAAAAAUUAUAUCAUGCGAUUUUGAUCUAAUUUUGUGAUUUUCUGAAAUAGCAUAAAAUUCUGACCAAACCCUGUAGUUUUCGCGACGAUACGAUUUUUUUCCACGUUGGCAUGGUUUUUUAGCUAAAAUUCUUGGAAUCAUUUGAUUCGCCGACACUCUAGGCAGAGACAUUCCCGAGUUAUCAGCAAGAUUUUUUUAAUUCGCUUUUCAAAAAGAUCCUUUCUUGCUUUAGAGAGUAAAUCAACAAUUCUCGACAUUUGUUAUUGUUAUAAUUAGUAGUCAUUUUACAGGCGUCUAUAGAAAAAAUUCAAUAUUAUAUAUUGUUAUUCUAUAUAUUCAUUACAAUUAGGAUUUAAUUCCUAUUGUACCACAUUGAACCGGUUUAGUCCGCUAUUUGAACAUCAUACAAACACAAACGAAAUAAAAAAUUUCAUAAUUUAGUUGACGUAUACCCAUUUCCUAAUUUAGUUACGUCACUUACUUAAUAUUCAGUGUUGCAUACGGUGUAGGUAUUGAAAGCCAUGCUUUUAAAUGAUUCAUCAAAAUAAUAAAUGUUUUAUAAUAGGCAUGUCUCAUCUAAUGUAACAUGAUAUAACUAAAUAAUGAUUUAUCCUUUAAGGUUAGUGGAAAAGUAUAAUUUUCAACUUUGAUAUAGUUUUGUAUUAACCAGUAGCAAAUUCGACAGAAAUUUUUUCUUAUUUCUUAGACAUACAAGGUUUGGCUAUUAAAUAACGAGACUGCUGAUAUAAAAUAAUCAAUUUUGAUAUUAUUUAUAAUUAUUUAUAUACAAUUCUAUCCCUACAUAGCCUUAGUUUUCGAAACAGAGCAGAAAAUCUUUUUCGGUCUGUUCCUCUAGGACACGCGCUGCCUUUUCUUUCACGGCUUCAUUAGACUUGAACUAGCUCCUUUCAAUGAAUAUUUGACCUUGGGAAAUAGGUAGAAGUUGCACGGUACAAGAUCUGGGGAAUAAGGUGGGUGGUCUAGCACUGAGAUGUUGUACUUGGCUAGAAAGCUCUUAACAGACAGACUUUUUCGAUAUUUUCCUCCGUUUUUGACGUGGAAAGGUGACCCGAAUCAUCUUCCCGGCCAUCUUAAAACCGCUGAAACCACUCAAAAAUACGUGGAAGCGACAAACAUUCAUUUUUUCAAUAAAUUUCAGUUCGCAGUUCCAAACCUUAUGCGCAUGCGUACUUUUUUGUAGCAGCGCUAGAUUCGUUACUCAAUAGCCACACCUCGUAUAAUUAUUAUGUAAAGUAGGUAACUAAAUUUUUGCAGUCGGGUUUGGAAUAAAAUUUUGUAUGAGGAUAGUUCUAUUUUCAAAUUUGGAAAUAGUUUCGAAAAGCUGUACCUUCCCCCCAUUUUUACGAAAUUUUUGACAAUGCUUGUGUUUGAAUCCUUCCGAAAUAUCUAAGGUAAUAACAUCCAAAAAAAUAAAUUUACGUGACAAAUGUAUACGACCUUUCUUGUAAAGCUUUUCAAGAACUUUAUUUUUGUUACAAAGCUUUUUUUCUCUAAAGUCAAUAUUUUAAAAGAUGUGUAAAAAUUUUGCUAUAGACUGCAUCCUUUUAGAAAUUAUCGUCUCUUAUCAAUAACAAGCUUUGGCAAAAAUUCCAGCAACCUCAAGAGAUUCAUGUUUUCGGAACUACACCCAAAAAUAUCAUUCAAAUAUAUUAACUAUAAAAUUAGCUGAGAAUACGGUGUAUUAGUAUAAAGAUCGUUAAUUUAUCUAUUAUUAUCAAUAAAGUUUGGACACAGUAGUAAUUCUGGUGUAGAAAUACCAUAAAAAGUAGGAAAAUAAUUUUUUAAUAUUUCUUAGACUUGUAGUGACAUCUCUACUAGUCUUUGGAAUCAAUUCUUAAAACGCUGAAAGAUUGUUCUCCUUUUUUAUUUGCAGUGCCAUCUACAGCGAAUUUUGGAAACAAUUGACAGAAAAUAAAUUCGCUUUAAAACUUUAAAAUAACAGCACAAUGUUUAAAAAUUUAUUUAUGAAACCGUCUGUACUAUCUUUAAAACUAUUUGUGAUCCAGCUCUUGCUAUUAUACAUAAAAACAUGAAUAAAUAGUUGAAAAUGGACACUUUUUGACUGGUAGUGUCAUCUUCAAUCGAUUUUAGAAAGUAUUCCAAUUAUUUCAAACUUAAAUUCUUAAUGAUAUUUAUAUAACAAAAGGGAUGUGCAUAUACUUAUAUUUUCAUAGGAAACUGAACGCUUUGAUGAUGCUUUGUUAUUGAAUUCUUUCAUUCUUGUUUAUUAAGGGUUCAAUUGUUAAAACACCAUAUUCUGUUGACUAGUAAUCGUAAAUAGUCGUUGUAGUUGAGAAGAAAAUGUUUACAAUAUAAAUGUGUCUUAUCUCUAAUUUGGAGUACAAUCAGUAUUUUAAUAGGUGUUACUUUUUAGGAAAUAGUAGAAAAAGUUUUAUGGGAAAAAGAAUACAUUUUGUCAUAUAUGAUGGAUUUGUAGCAGUAAAAUAUAUUGCAGUGUUGCCAGAUGAGUACAGUUGAGCUGUAUAAAUGUAAAUUAGUUUUAUUACUUUAGAUGUUCUGAAGACUUUAAUUAAUAUCAUACUAAAACUUAUAAGAAAAAAGUUGAAAAUUAAAAAUUAAUAAAAAGUGAAAUCUCGAUACUGAUAUAGGUAGAAAUUGAUCAAAAUAAUUUUAACGUCAAUGAGAAUACUUGUUAUAAAAAACAAAUAACAUUUAAUAUCAAAUUAACACCUCAGAUAACAUAUUUUUAGAUGGCUCACGACAAUAUUAUUUAUUCUGGCCAAAUUUACGCCAUCUAGGGGUUUGAAGGAGCAUAUUCAUAUUUUCUUUUUUUCUCAAAAAAUGUGGAAAACUCGAAUAUCUUGAAACUGUGAAAAUGAUAAAUAUUACUUAAGAAAUUUUUAUUGUUAUAAUAAUAAAUAUUUUUAACAUUGAUAUGAUAAAUUAAUUUUAAAAAUUUCUUGAAUAGAACAUGUUACUAAAACUGCGAAAAUAAAACUAAAGUACAUAAAUAGUUACCUCUAUUUAUCAUCUAUUUUGUAAAUCAAAUCUUUGUACGGAUGUCUAUGACAGACCCAUCUAGGGUCAUAAACUGAAAAUAAAAAAUUAACCUAACAUAAAUCUUCUUUAAAAUAGGUGAUGGUAACAAAAUUUUUCAUUCAUUUAUAAAUAUAAGGCCAUUCUUAACAAUGAACAAAUCAUAUGAUUACGGCAGUUCAAAUUUGUCUUUGAGAAUAAUGUUAAUUAUCAAUAUACAGGGUAACUACUUUAAUUUUAUAAUGAGGAACUAGAGUAAAUUGUACUUAUAGUAUUAGAAGAAAAAUGAUUUUUUUAAUAGCUUGUUUUAAUCAACGUUUCAUUUAAUGAUGAUAGUUUUAUGAACUUGACAGAUAUAAAAAAAGGUUAGUUUCUUUUUCUGUUUUAUCGGCAACUAUUAAAUAUAUAUUGUUGAUAUAUGAUAAAACAUUUUGUAAAAUAUCCACGAAGAAACAUUAAAGCAUUAAUAUUAAAAUAAGAUAAAUAAAUAAAUAAAAUGAUAAUAAUACUGGAACAUACUAUUUACUUCGACCUCCACAACUACACUGACAGAUCCAAACAUCCAAACAGUGUAGACUGUAGCCACAGUGUCGAUGUAACAUAGGAUUCCUCAGUGUAUCAACAUGUCAAUGGAAAAUACAAAUGAACUAUUUGUGUUCGUUCUUAAAAAAAAAAUAAUUUUAGCAUUACGUUACAAGAAAUAUAAUGCCUGGUACUCAUUUUCAAUUACUAUCAAUUUGACUAUUGCUGCUGUAAAAAUUCACUCACUGUAAGAUUUUGUGAUCACACCUUGUGUAAGUAACAUGUGAUGUAAUGUUAUCAGUUAUUUUAUUUAAUAUUAUUUCUCAAUAGAUUUUCUAUCUCGAUUACACUGUAAUUGUAAGUAUAUUUCAAUAUGGGUUGCUAGUUUUCUGUUUUGGGAGCGUUAUAAAACAGGCCUUUGAUAUUCUGUAUCUGUAGAUACUUUGUAUAUACUAUCAUUUCGUCUUCUAUUAUUAUUAAAACAUUGAAAGGGUUAUUAGACAAAAAUUAACAUAAAAAAUUGGUUAAAUAAAUUGAAUAUAUUAGAGCCUCGUUUAGAAAUUUUUCGUUCAAUUUCUCUAUUACCUGAUUUACAAAGUACAUAUCAACCACAAUAAGCCACGAUUAGUUUAGACUUUUUCUUCAUAUAUUGAAUAGAGAAUAAAAACACAAAUAUCACUCAGAGUUCGUGAUUAUUCCAAAGAAUUUUCGGGAUUCGGGUAUUUUAAUUGAUGUAUUUUAUAGCUCAACAAAGACUGUGUACUUAAAGUAGUUUCAUUUCAAUUGAAUCUGUCAAUAUUUACAAAACCUUGAUGAUAAUUAAUCAAUUAACCUAAUUUGUUGAAUAAUUAGAAAAAAAUUUCAAUUAAUCAGCAAUACACAUGCAUUAAAGUGACAGGUAAAGCUUCAAAAAUAAGCUUGUAUUCCGAAAUUUACACCAGUAUCCCUGCAAUGAUGUCAUAAAUUGAUGACUUAUUUCAAAAUCUAUGGAACAGUUUCAAAGACUGAGGUAAAUUUCACAGUCAAAAGCGACAAAGAGAAUUCAUUCAAUGUAGAUUUCAUUUACUAAAAACAUUGAAAAAAAAGUUUUGACGAAUAAAAUGCAAAUGCCCUUAAUGUCUAGUGGUUCAUUCACUUCUCUCUAUCACAUUUCCCACUAGGAAUUAAAAAUAGGCAGGGUUGGCGUGGCCCCAAAUGAUAGAUUCGUUAUACCUUAUAAAAUUUGGGAAAAAUAAUUAUAUAUAGAAGUUUUAUUUAAAAUGGUAUUCGUGUUUGUUCACAACAUUGAAAUAUAGCUAAGUGAACGUACAAUAACUGAGGUUAUUAUUAAUAUAGUAACGAAAAAUGUAAAUUAAAAUGUCAAAAGAACUAUUAUUAUUACAACAUUAAGUCGUGCGUAAUUUUUUAAUCACAUUUGGACUCUUCGAGCGAUUCUAAUGAUGUUGGGAUGUUGCUUGUUUGCUGUGAAAAUUAGAGACAAAAUUUUUGUCACCAGUACAAUAUGGUGUUAAUUCAUUUAAUCACUACCACUGGUCAGGGUACUGUUGUAUAUUACAAAGUAACUUCAUACAUCUCGCUUUUACAAAAUAGUAUUCUAGUAGAUUAAAUUAAUGUUAGUGAGAAAAGAAACUUUGCUGGUCAAAGUUUAUGUAAAGUAAAUGUUUGUAUAUAGUUAAUUGAACGGUGUGUUAGUGUUUAGAAAAAAAAACGAUUAAAAUGUACGAGUUUCUCACUAUAAUUCUCCCAUUUAAUUAAGAACGUCAGUUUAAUAAAAUCGCUUAAAAUGUUUCUGGAAACUUGAAAAAAUCAUGAUAAUAAAAACUAAAUCACAUGAAUGAGUGAAAUAAGCCAAAAAUUCUAACCGCGAAGAAAGGUCAAAUUCUAGGAAAUUGAUUCGAUAGAUUAUUUCUAAUUUCGUCGUCGUUGUUCGAAAUGUUGUGACCCGUGGCGAUUGAGUGAAUGGUUGUCUCAAAAUAAAAAUUGAUUUAAUACAAAACAUUUUGUGUAUCUUUAUUGGUUAUAAAAUUCAGUAAUCUAAGAAAUUCUCAAAUCAACUAAUACUCAUUUAAAAAUGGACGCCGUGGGGUAAACAAACGCUUUUGUCGUAGUGAUUUAUGAAGUUAUUUGUGGGAUUUUAGAUUCAUUUCCAGUUUUAUUAUAAAAUAGCUUCUUAAAAAGUUGCUACUUUAAGAAAUAUUCAACUCCACCUAAAGCUAUAGUUGAUUGUUUACCCCACGGCCGUCAUUCUGACGUAGAUCAGCUGUUUUCUUAAAUUGCCUUAUCAACAGGGAGGAAAAUAGUGAAAGACAGAACUUUAUUGACAAUCCCUAAAAUUUAAAAAAUUAUUUUUGUUAAAUAUUAAACAUUUCUUGAAAGCUGCAUUCUAAAAUAUGUAUGUAUAUUUUUAUGGUAAAAAACUAUAAUAAGGUGAUUAUUUAUUUUUAUUUUGUUUUGAUUCUUAAACGGAUAUCGUUGAUGUUGUAACAUAUAGUAACAAGUCUGCCUCACGAUUUGUUUGUAUCCCUAUCAGUUAGUGAAUGUUUUAACAGUGUUUCAAUAAAAAUUAUAAAAUAAA